AUGCUCAAAAUCCUAACAAAAGCUUUCUUAAAAUCUCCACUUUUGCCUCUGACCACAUCUAGCCUCUUCCGUGAGUACAUCGGCGCAGACCUCGACAGCAUAAGGUUCACCGACGUACCCAUAAACCCUAACGUCGACUUCCACUUCAUCCUCUCCUUCGCCAUCGACUACACAUCUGCAGUCGAAAACCCCGAACCCACCAACGGAAACUUCAGUGUAUUCUGGUACACUCAACAUCUCACUUCCUUCGACGUAUCCAACAUCAAAUUCAAACACAACAAUGUUCGAGUCGCUGUCAGUCUGGGCGGUGACUUAGUCACGAAGAACCAAAAAGCAUUCUUCGCGCCAAAAUCUACAUCCUCUUGGGUGAGUAAAGCCGUUACAUCACUCACUCAAAUUGUCAAAACAUACAACUUAGAUGGAAUUGACAUUGAUUACGAGCAUUUUAGCGCCGACCCAGACACAUUCAGUGAAUGUAUUGGCCAACUCAUAACGACACUGAAAAAAGAUCGCAUCAUUUCAUUCGCGUCAAUAGCUCCAUUUGACGAUGAUGAAGUGCGACGACACUAUACCGCGCUGUGGAGAAAAUAUGGACACGUUAUAGACUACGUAAAUUUCCAAUUUUACGCGUAUGAUGAGAUAAAGUCUGUGGACAGGUUUUUGAGUCUGUAUCAACUCCAAAUGUCUGAGUAUAACGGGGGACGAAUACUGGCGAGUUUUGCAACGGAUUCGGAGGCUCAAGGCGGGUUGAGACCCGAUAAGGGAUUUUUUGAGGCUUGUCAAGAGCUUAAGAGGCAAGGGAAGCUUGGGGGGAUAUUUAUAUGGUCUGCUGAUGAUUCUAAAAAAAAUGGAUUCCAGUAUGAAGAGCAAUGUCAGCAGUUGCUUAUUUCCCCUUAG